UUGGGCUAGUCGAAAUUCGACAGGAUUCCGUCUUACCAGGAGACGAUGUCUAUAUUGUGGCCCAACAGGCCACGCAAGUUUAUUAUCUCCCAUAUGCGUGUCAAACCAUAAGGCAUCUUAAGGGUUGGGAUAUUGUGCACAGGGUAUCGCCACAUGGUAAAGUGCCUGUCCCAAACGAUGAAGAUUACAACUUAGACCCAAACACAUAUGACGGAGAGUUCUUUCAAGAAGAGGGACUAGAAGGGAGGUUUGAGAUAGACUUAACCGAAGCGAUCGGAAUGGAAGUAGACAAUGAAACGGUUAUUGAAGAGGACGUUGGAGAUGAGGUGCAAAAUGUGAAGGACUUACAAAUGCUUGAGCGAUUACAUUUAGACAAUGACAAUGGCAACAUUGCUCAUUCGGAUAGUGUUGAUUAUUUCGACAUGAUUGAUAGUGAUGAUGAGACUUAUGAUCCAGCUAAUCCCGAUCAUGAAGAUUAUUUCUAAUACAUGUAAUACUAUGUUAUUUUGUAAUUACGUUUUGUUUAUUUUGCAUCUCUUUCUAAGUACUUCUUGUUUAUCUGUGCUUAUUGGUUUACUCUUUUUAAUUGCAGGUGAUUGAACAAAGAUGGUGGGCGGUGGGAUGAGGAAGCUAACGUCCUUGUACCGAAGGACAAGGAGGAGCAGCUGCAGGAGGGAGUCGUCGCCUGCCGCCCCGUCGCGUGAGGAGGAGGAGGAGGAGCAGGUGCCCCAGGAGGACGCCGAGGAGGCGCAGGAGGAGGCGCAGGAGGAGGCGCAGGAGGACGCGCUGGAGGAGGCGACAGCAGGGGGUUCCGCUUCCUCUAGUUCGUCCAGCGUCUACUUGCGAGGUCCCGCGAGCCUCCCUCAGCGACCGAUACCUCGUGAGAGACGCCCGCUGAUUCGACCCGAGGGGGAAAAGAACUGGACGAUUAUGGCGAGUGGAGGUGCUCACACACGCCAAGUCAAUGGCAUCCUCGGUCUUCUGUGCAAGGAGCACUUCCCUGGCCUGGUUGAGUACGCCGGAGUGACGGGGCCGGCCUACUCGUUUGACCACUACGCCGCCGCCCCCGAUGCUGCAGAUCGGGCCCGCAGGGUAUUCAACAACAAGGCGGAGCGGGUGAAGCAAGAGCUGUGGGAUUUCUUUAGAUGCCAGGACGGACAUGAGGCCAGGGCGGAUGCGGUGGCUACCAAAUGCUGCAAAAAACUCGUCGUGGACAUGCAUUACGAGGCGCGCAUCCAGGCCGUCGUAACUUACCACGGGACCGUCGUUGGAACGAAGGUCACCAAAAGGGACGCAAGAACCAUGACGCUGACCCGGGACCAGUACCUGCAGGUAAAUACAGAACAUUAAUACUGAUUCCUUUUGAGAUUAAGUAGG